AUGCGUAGAUCUCUUUGGGUGAUAUUUUUGGGAGCCAUCAUUGCCUGCACAACUGUUGUAAAUGCUGAGGACACUAAUCUCGAUUGUCAGGUUAAAAAUGUUACUUCACAACAAAUAUAUGACUUAAGACCUCUGAUAAGGGAAUCAGGUGCUGAUUGGGAGGUAGUUUCGCAAAAUUAUACUUUUCAUUUAAAUGUUUGUCACAAGAUUCUGUAUGACAAAACUGGGUUGUCAAAUGUCGAUUCUUUUGGCAUAUGGGGUAAACGUGAAGGUGGUAAUGAAAAUUUGAAAGUAUUUUCGGGGAAAUUUAGUAAAGAACCUCAGUUGAUAGAAGGUGCGCUCCACCUAAAAUACGAAUCAGAUGACCAUUGUGGUACCAAUGACUAUAAACGUUCGGCCCUAAUUGUUUUUACGUGCGAUCAAACUGUCGAUGGAUCGGGUGCGCCAAGGUUUGUUACCUCCUUUAACGACUGUGCGUUUUGGUUCGAGUGGAGAACUCCCGUAGCAUGCCCCAGCAAGAUCAAGGGAGAGGGCAUGGGUUCCUGGGGAGUCUUCUUUACAAUUUCCGGAAUCGCAUUGGCUGCUUAUCUUAUUGGAGGCAUUGCGUAUAACCGUAUAGUGUAUCGUGCGGCUGGAUUAAAUCAGAUACCCAACUGGGAAUUCUGGCGAAACUCUGGGGAAUACAUCAAGGACAUGGUUUUGAUAAUAUUUGCACAAUGUCCGAUGACCAGACCGAGGAGACCACAGGGGAGUUACAUGAAUUUGCCUAGGGACGAAGAAAAUAUUUUGAUUGAUGAUGACUUUGAGGAGCAUUAG